AUACCCAUUAAGAAGAAGUCUAUUGUUACUUUUCAAUUAGGCCCAAAAUCGUUGAUGAAAUAGUCCACAUUUGGGCAUCUCCAGUUCUUGAAGCAUCAAAGAACAGAUUUCGUCAUUUUGCUUACAGAUCAAAUCCUCAAUCAGCUGCAUACAGCAUAAAUAGAUGGGGUUUAUAAUGGAGUUUGCGGAAAAUUUGAUACUUCGGCUGAUGGAGGAUCCUAAGGAGAGGGACAAGAAGUUUAGGGAGCAUUUGUACAAUUUGAAGGACAGAUGCCAGAAGACCAAGGAAAUGUGGAGCCUGCCUCUGCGUCCUUACGGCUUCUGGAAUUUUGAUCGCCAUAAUGCACAAAUUUUUUGGGAUUCUCAGAUUAGUCAAGUUCCAGGUCGCCGUGACCCCUAUGAUGACCUCCUCCAGGACCCUUACAUUGAUACUACUGCUUCCUCUUCCUCCUCAAAGUAAUUGGUGAGUUUCUUCCUAUUUCAUGACGUGGCCCAAUUGUGGGUUUGUGCAUAUGUGUUCUGUGAAUUUGUAGUUUUUAGGAGUUAGGACUAUUUGUCAUCAUUUUGGAUUUCUUGAUUAAUAUGGCAUUGGCUGAAUACAUGCAUAUGUAGAUUAUAGACCCAUCUGUACCAAGCAUAUAUUCAGGGCCAAUAUGAGGCUCUUAAACAUAAUUCGCCUAGUUAA